AAAUGUCUAAAAACGCUUUCAAAAAAUCCAUUUUUUUAAAUCCAAGUAAGGGAAAUAUUAUGGUCAAUCAAAGAUAUUUGAUUGAUAAAAUUUUGGCUCGAUAUUCUACUAAAUUCGUAAUAUAUCGAGAGCUAAUGCAAAAUUCUGAUGAUGCUAAUUCAUCAAAGGUCAAGAUUAUAUUUGAAACUAAGAAUCCAAGCACAGAUAAAAAUAUACUGAAUGACAAAAUUGAGACAAUUAUAUACAAGAAUAACGGACUCGCUUUUAAAAAAGAAGACUGGGAUAGGAUCCAAGAAAUCGCAGUAGGAAAUCCUGGGGAACAAAAAAUAGGAGCUUUCGGCGUUGGUUUUUAUUCAUUGUUUUCAAUUUGUGAAGAACCAUUCGUAAUAUCUAACGGAAAAGGGAUGAAUUUCAUUUGGGACCACGACCAGUUACUUACGGUGUAUGGUGAAAUUGAUGGCGGAGAUCAAGAAGAUCGAAAUUGGACAACGUUCGCUAUGCGUCUAAGAGAACCUGAUAAAUUUCCAGAUGUCGAAGAAUUUACACUAUUCUUGUCUGAUUCAUUAGCAUUUACGAGCAAAAUUCAAGAAAUAACUGUAUAUUUUAAUAAUACACAAAUAAUAAAAUUGUCAAAGGAGGAGGUACAGCAAGCGACAAAAUCGAUAGAUAUUAAAUCAGAAUUUAAUACCUAUUCUCCGGAUAAGAUUUUUCAGCUUCAGCUUACCUCACUAAAUAUUAAAUAUAUUCAAAUGAACGUCAAAAGAUUACUGGUUCUAAAAAAUGGCUCCGAACGACAAUCACUAAUCACUGAUUAUCAAGAAGAAGAAAUUUCUAUAGUUUUUAAAGUAGCCGAUGGAAUUUUGAAAAUUACAGCUAAAAAGGAGUUCUCUAAUGAGAUGAAGCGAAUUACUAAAAAAGACCUACCAGAAGAUACAAAAAUACACAUGAUAUUCCCUGAAUUUAAAGACCUUAGUAAACAAGUUCCAUCAAUUUUUAGAAAAUUACUCCCGUAUCCGGAACAAGGAAGAAUGUAUGUUGGUUUUCCAACUCAACAAACGAUAGGAUGUUGCUUGAAUUUGUCAGCUCAUGUAAUUCCUAGUGUAGAGCGUGAAUCAGUCGAUUUGGUAAACAAUACUUUGAAAGAUUUUAAUAAAGAAAUAUUAAAUUCAGCGGGGAUAUUGUGCAGUAUUUUAUAUGAGAACGAGAUGAACAAAAUAGACGAAGGCUUUAAUGUCGAAAAUAUGGACCAGUUUGAAAAACGUGCUGCAUAUGUUCUAAGGCAUUUCACGUUUAAUAAAAGUACUCCGAAUGAUUUUGUUGGUAAAAUCAUCGAACAACAAUUUUUUGAACGCUUAGACCAAAAAUUGCCGAUUCUCUCAACGCAGGGGGUUCUUCCAAUAACUGAUGUUCGAAUUCCUAAUCCAAAAAUGGAACCAUUCAUAAAAAAAGUUCCAAUUGUUCCAAAAAUGGUAUUAGAAGACUGUAAAUCUUUUUUUAAGAAAGCAAAUGAAAUGGGACUUAUAAAAGAGCUAUCUUUUCAAGAUGUUUUGCUUGAAUUAAGUAAACGGUCAUUGUCUGAAGAAAUUGAAAUAAUUGCACUCUUAGAAUGGUGGAUAUCUGUGGAGGAUAACACUAAUUUGGACAAAUUCACGCAAUUUAUGCAAUCGGCUACUAUUCGCUUCAUAAAUGAGCUCAAAGCUUUGGAUACGAUUCAUUACAUUCUAGACGCGAGUUUUGUUACAUCGGAAACAGAAACCUUGGUUCCUGAUGACGUUUUGCCAUAUAAAAUUUCCAAAAAUUUUAAAAAUUCCGAUAUGAAAAAAUACUUUAAGUGGAAUAAGUUACCUUUGGUUAAUUGGGCAAGAUUUAUUGUUAAGCAAUUUGAUUCAGAAGUUACUCCUACUUUUGCUGAAAGUGUUCAUAAAAUUUUAGCAAAAAAUAUGAAUGAUACUUCUCAAAAUGACAAGAAUGAAAUACAUGAUCUAUUUAUUUGUAAGGAAUGUAUUCCAACGACACGUGGCAUGAAGAAGCCCGAUGAAACUUAUUUCCAAGAUGUCAAUUUAUUUCCUAACCUACCGGUGAUUCAAUUUCAAGAAUUCUUUGAUUUCCAGAAUUUAAUGAAAAUUCUUGGUGUUAACGAAGUUAUUAAAAUAGAUCUUAUUUUGGAGUGUGCUUCAGGUGAGAAUUUCGAUUAUAUGCAGCUUGCAAGAUAUCUUGGCUCAAUGUCGGAUAAUCUCCAAGACGAUGAAUGGGAAAUAUUAAAAAAAGCAAAAAUCUGGUCUAAAGAAAAGCCGGUAACUUCGAGGGAUGAUAAAAUUGAUGAUAUUAGGCAAAAAUUUGCGGCGAGAGAAUUAUUUGUACCAUUAGGUUCAUAUCGUGAAUUUUGUUUACCCGUUAUCGAAUGGGCAGAAAAAUGGGAUCAUGAUACUAAAGAGGCCAAGUUGUUGUUUGAAUUGGGCUUACUAAAAUAUCCGACCCUUUCAAAAAUUCUAGAGUUAUCUGCACCACCAACUGAAAAGGGAAUUCGUAAUAAUGCUUUAGAAUAUUUUAUUAAGAAUUUUGAGGAUAAAUAUUCUGAUAAGUAUUAUGCAGCUACAAUAGAGAUUGAAUUCCUGCCUUGUUCCAAAUCAGGUGUAUAUGCUAAACCAUCAGAAUGUUUUAUAAAUCCUGAUUGCGAAAUAAUGGGAUUUAAUGUUAUAGACAAAGAUUAUAGAGAUAAAGUUGAAAAACUUGGUGUGCAUCAUCAUCCUAACAGUGAAAAGCUUUUUGAACGUUUAAUUGAGAAUAAACUAAAGACUGAAAAUGAGGCAAGAGUCACUUUUGAAUAUUUAGAAACACGAGAUGCAUUUAUUGAGUCACAAUGGAAUUCCCUAAGUAAAUCCGAGUUUAUCCCUAUUUAUAACAAAGAGCACAAUAUCAUUCAAAAGAACCCGCAUGAAUGUUUCUUUAAAAAUUCACAAGGAAAAACGGAAGAAGUUUUUGGUGAAUUCUUUUCAUUUAUAGAUUUUGGAGAGGCAGCCAAUAGAUUUUUACGAAAGUGUGGUGUCAAAAACGAACCACCAGCCAUAAAAAUCGCUGAAUUACUAGUGGAAUCGUCAUAUAAAGUUUGGGAUUCGUUCAAAAAUGAUGAAAAAAAAUAUGAAAAUUAUAGAUUUAUUUUACAAAAAAUUGCUGAGGAUUUUAAUACCGUAAAACAUAAAGAUCCAAACUUAUUUAUAAGGAUGACAAAAGAACCUAUUUUAUUGGGCGUAUCCGAAGGAAAUAAAAAAACUUUGGAUUCUGCUAAAAAUAUUUACAUAAAUGAUAAUGCAACGUAUAUGAAAAUAUUUUCUGAUCUAUUGAUAGUUCCAGAGGAUUAUCCCAAAUUUCUAUAUGAAUGUUUGGAAUGUAAACGAUUAAGUGAUUCCAUCGAAGAAGAGGCAAAAUUAUUGGGGAAUACUCGAGAAUCAAAAAAUUUUCCAGAUUUACAAAAAAAUAUCAAUGAAAAAGCUCAUUUAUUCUACCGUGAUUAUCCUAAACAUGUCAUUAAAAGAAGUGAAGAAUGGCUUAAAAAACUCAUAGUAAAAGAGACAGGCAAAAUUGAAGUAAAAUAUUCUUUGAAAACCAAAAAUAGAAACAAAACAAAUUCUGUAACCGCAUAUAUUCUUGAAGAUGACGGAGAAGUUACUCUCUAUAUCAACAUGACAAAACUAAAUUAUCUUGAAAUUUCAAAUUGUUUAGUCAAGUAUAUUUACAAAUCACAUAAACCUAUGGACAUUAAUCAUCUAACUAUGAUUUUACAAACGAAUUCAGGUUAUUCUAAAAAUGACUCUAAACAAGUAAAUUUACAACAUGAAAUUGAUAAAAUCAGGAUAAAUCAAUAUCAAACGCAAAAUUAUCCUAAUUUAGAACAUUUAUUUAAUCCAUUACACGCAAUGUUUCCAGAUUGUAAACAUGAUUAUAUCUAUCAAUGUCUGGAGCAAGCAGAAGAGGAUAAAUUAAUCAAUGUUGAAAAUCAUCUGAUGGAAGGAAAUUACCCAAAGAUUAAAACUCCUGUUAAUCCGUAUGAUCCACCGGUUACUGCAGAAAUUGGAAAAACUUUUAUGAAUAUAAUUCAAAUAUUUCGGCCCAAUCUAGGAAGUUAUUUGAAAAACCAAACAAUUUACUGUGAAAAUAUUGACGUCAAUGGUUAUUCAUUACAAUUUGAGAAACUUAUAGAUGGUAUGGAAUUUCAUAUUCCAGAAAAUAUCAAUAAAUCUGAGAUAUUUCCAAAACAUCAAGAUUCAUUAGACCGUUUUGUCAAUAUAUUAAAAUAUCUAACUGAAGUUUUUGAAUGUGCACCAAAAAUUAUUUGUGUCUUUUAUGAUAAUUCUAAUUUAAUGGCAUUCAAUAAGGAUCGUGUACUAUUCUUUAAUUUCAAAAUUUAUCUUGACUUGUACAAAAAUGAAUCCACAAUCGACGCCAUAACAUAUUGGUACAUGAUGAUCUGUCAUGAAUUAGCACAUAAAUUUGUCGACGAUCACAAUUCUGAACAUGAAUACCAUCUUUCAUCUCUUGCAACAAAAUAUAUGAAAAAUUUAUUAAAGAUGAUGAACAAAAAUAAAAUAGAUUUAGAUCAGAAUAAUUAAUACUGGUAAUCAUGGAACAACAUGUACUAUUAUAAAUUAUGUGAAAAAUUAUAAUAUCUCUUCAAGUUUUGCUAGAAUUUUUGAAAA